AUGAGGUCCCUAAAUAUGGACUCGGAAGACUUCGAUGAUUUAGUGUGCUCGGAUUCGGGAAACGAAAGCGACGAUGUAGAGCUCGUACCCGUUGCCCCCGAGGCCAACAAUAGUUCUGGUUCCUCGGAUAGGAUGGACCUGGAGGAUUCUCCUCACGAUGUCCUCACUACAGAGCAGGUGGUCCAGUACAUGGUUGAUUGCAUCAGGGAGGUGAACAACGUCGUUGAGAUGCCAGCCACAAUUACAAGGAUCUUGCUUCAACAUUUCAAAUGGGAUAAAGAAAAAUUGAUGGAGAGAUACUUUGAUGGGGAUCAGGAGAAGCUCUUCCGAGAUGCACGAGUAAUCAGUCCAUUUCACAAGGGGCCUAGCCGACCUCCAAAGAGACCUGGAAGGCCUGCAGCAGAAGAGUGUGAGAUUUGCUUGGUUGUGUACCCAACAAUGAUGAUGACUGGGUUAGAAUGUGGUCACCGAUUCUGUCAGCGAUGUUGGACAGAAUAUCUCACAACAAAAAUCAUGGAAGAAGGAGUGGGACAGAGUAUCUCAUGUGCCGCUCAUGCCUGUGAUAUCCUUGUUGAUGAUGCUACUGUGAUGAGACUUGUAUCAGAUGCCAAGGUCAAGCUCAAGUACCAGCACCUAAUCACCAACAGCUUUGUUGAGUGCAACAGGUUGCUGAAAUGGUGUCCUUCACCUGACUGCAACUACUGCGUCAAGGUCCCGCACCCAGAAGCUCGACCCGUGACCUGCAAAUGUUCCCACACCUUCUGCUUUGCCUGUGGGGAAAACUGGCAUGAUCCAGUACGUUGCAGCCUUCUCAGGAAAUGGAUCAAGAAGUGCGAUGAUGACUCGGAGACCUCAAAUUGGAUUGCUGCCAAUACCAAGGAGUGCCCCAAGUGUAAUGUCACCAUUGAGAAAGAUGGUGGCUGCAACCACAUGGUCUGCAAAAAUCAGAAUUGCAAGGCUGACUUCUGUUGGGUCUGCUUGGGGCCCUGGGAACCUCAUGGCUCAUCCUGGUACUCGUGUAAUCGUUACGAUGAAGAGGAGGCAAAGGCAGCUCGAGAUGCUCAGGAAAGAUCAAGGGCUGCCUUGCAGAGGUACCUGUUCUACUGUAACCGUUAUAUGAAUCAUAUGCAGAGUUUGAAGUUUGAGAACAAACUCUACUCAUCUGUCAAGGAAAAGAUGGAAGAGAUGCAGCAGCAUAACAUGUCAUGGAUAGAGGUCCAGUUCCUGAAAAAGGCAGUCGACAUCCUGUGCCAAUGCAGGCAGACGCUUAUGUAUACAUACGUGUUUGCCUACUACCUGAAGAAGACCAAUCAAUCCGUGAUAUUUGAGGAUAACCAGAAGGACUUGGAAAGUGCCACAGAGAUCCUCUCAGAGUACCUUGAGCGAGACAUUACCCAGGAGAACAUUUUGGACAUCAAGCAGAAGGUCCAAGACAAAUCCCGAUACUGCGACAGCAGAAGGCGUGUGCUCUUGGAACAUGUCCAUGAAGGCUAUGAAAAGGACUGGUGGAUUUACAAUGAGUGAAGAGCUAAGAAUCUACACAGGACUCUGCAGGUAUCUUAUCCUCUUUCCCCCCCCUUCCCCCCAUCUCUCUUUCAUCCUCAAUUAAUCCCAACCUGGCCCCAAGGAAUAAAAACUUGUCUUGAGCUCUGAAACCUGAUCAGAGAGUCUCCUCUUUCCAUUGUUGUGUUGCUCUGUGCUUCAUUCUGUGGGGCCAGCUGGGAAUGACCACUGUCUAAAAAUCUUUUUGCAA